ACCUGAACCCGACCACCGCCACCACCGUCUCUGUUCCCCCUUCUCCCACUCCGUUCCGAAUCCUCCCCUCUCUGCCACUUCGAUCAAAUAUCGUCGUGAAUUUUUCAUGGAGUUCGGGGUUGAUGGUGAUAGCGAGGUGGUGGGAAAUUCGACUGUGGUGGAGGAUAGUAAACCCCUUGAUGAAAAUGAAACAGGUGUAAGUUCUAUCGAAAGGAUUUUCGAUCAGGACCGAGAUGAGAAAAUAAUUCAAGAUUCAUCUGGAAGGAAUGCGAUUCUGGAUUCAGUUCCUGGAUUACCAGUAGUGCAAGCAGAUGAGCCGUAUGUUGGCCAGGAAUUUGACAAUGAGGCAGCUGCUCAUGCAUUUUAUAAUUCUUAUGCUACACGUGUGGGUUUUGUAAUUCGUGUCAGCAAGCUUUCGCGAUCACGACGAGAUGGGACAGCUAUUGGCCGUGCAUUAGUUUGCAACAAAGAGGGUUAUAGAAUGCCAGACAAGCGGGAAAAAAUUGUGAGGCAAAGGGCAGAGACGAGGGUAGGUUGCAGGGCAAUGAUUUUGGUGAGAAAAGUGAAUUCUGGUAAAUGGGUUGUGACUAAAUUUGUAAAAGAGCAUACUCAUCCUUUAUCACCUGGGAAAAGCCGAAGAGAUUGCAUAUAUGAUCAAUAUCCGAACGAACACGAUAAGAUACGGGAACUAUCUCAACAGCUUGCAGUGGAGAAAAAGCGAUCGGCAACAUAUAAAAGGCAUCUAGAAGUAAUAUUCGAAUACAUUGAGGAGCAUAACGAUAACUUGUCGAGGAAGAUCCAACAUAUAGUAGAGAAUGUGAAGGAGAUGGAAAGCAUAGAGCAACAGAAUCACAGAUAGUAUUUGGUUUAUACCUUUUACACUUGCAGUUUGGGAUUCAAAAAUGAAGAUGAAGAAAUUGAUUGGUGAGAAAUCAUUGUGGUAUGUUCCAGCAUUUAGAUGUCAAUUCAGUUUCACAAAAAAUGGAGUAUAUUUGGGCAUGGCAUUCGUUGCAUGUAGAUCGCAAUGUAUGUCAUGUUUUGUACAGCAUUCAAACGAUUUGUAUCUUAUUUUCAUUAGUCUCAGUUUUUUCUUAAUUUUUAA